UUCAAAUUCAAAUUAGUACUCAUUUCUCAUUUUGAGUGUGAACGUAGUUUGAUGUGUCACCUCUCCGGUUCAUGGGUUGCAUGUUGGCUUUGCGUGAUAAGAUGGAAGGUAGUCUUAGUUCUAGUUAGCCACUCUAAAUAAAUUGAAAUUUUUGUAACUCGUUCCACGACACCAGCAGGGUUCAUGCUUUGAUAUCUUUCGACGGAUACUGUAAUAUCAACAGGAGCAGGCAUGAUCAUAAUGAUCAAAGUUGACAUCCUCAAACGACGAUCAUAUAUAUAAUGAUGUUCAAGACAAAAAAUGUUUUCGUUUUGCGGCAGGCGCAGGGCCGUGGCGAUUCUCGGACGCCCUUGUCUUUCAUGGACGACGCGGCUCGUAAGCGCGGCGCGCCCUAGUGUUGAUAACCGAAGAGGAAAAGGAAAAGAGGACAGCUCUGAGAUUGGCCCAUGCUUUAGCACAAGCGGAGCUUCGCUUACGAGACGGAAAAAGAAGUCUGUGAUGGGGACUUCGGAGGAAGCAGCAAUACAUGGACGUCGUCUUCAAAUCUCCGCUCCGUCAACGUCACAAGCAAAAGAAGCGACUGCUCCAGCAAUGGAUUUACGUGCGUCUUGCAAGUGCGGAACUCACGUGUUUGCCGUAGACCACGCGCCGCAAAACGAAGGAGAGUUAAGCAUAUCGAAUUGCCACUGUGGGAGCUGUCGUAGACAUGCCGCGGCGCCCUGGGCAGCGUUCCUCUCUCCAGCUCUAGAGCUGAGAUGCACGCUGCUGCUCACUACCAACAGUUGGGACGACAUUCUCCGAGUUCCUUCGCAAUGCAGCUCUGAGCUUGUUACCGCCUCUUCUACGUCGUCGAGAAGGGAAGACGUUAGUGCUGGACAGGAGACGGGCUCUUUCCUUGCUCGUGCGGCAGCCUUUUUAGCAGACGCAUCCAGGAACCCUUUUCAAGCAGCCAGCUCUUCUUCAGGUGACGGUCAUAGGCAUCGAGAUGAGGGCCUCAUAACUACAGUCUCGAAUCCAGUGGAGCGGUGGGUUUGCAAGACGUGCCAUUCAAACUUGGGUAUGCUGGUCAAGGGUGAAGAGGAGAACCGCUUUUUUCUCUCUGCUGGUCUUCUAGAGGACAAAGGGUGUCGAAAAACGACGACAGUAGCUACUGAUUUUCACGGACGGAAUCUGGCUUCGUUAAAAACAGAGGAAACUGCAAGCCUUGACGCCAGCGUCAACAAUACGAGAGCAACGACGAGUUCCUCUAGCAACGAUCGUCGACAUGGCAAAGAAGAUGAAAGUCAAUUGUUAGCAAGAUUGCCUGAAAGUGAUAUUUCAAUCGUUCAGGAGCCGGGAGCGCACAUUUUUCCAGGGCACGGAGUGUCGGCGGAUGGUGUUCGACUCCAGAAGUCACUUGUUAGGAAAAAGAAGCAUGCCUUCUCAUCUAGCCCAGAAGAGGCAGGCAAAGCCAGCAGCACAAUCUUGACGAGGCUGGGAAGUAGAAAUCGCGAUGACGCAAAGGCUACGGGUGGGUGCUACUGCGGAGCGUGUCGCUACUCCUGUACCCGUUUUCCUUCUGAGCUCCAGCAUUGCUAUUGCUCAUGGUGUCGCAAAAUGUCUGGGGGAGCAUGUCAAACAUGGGCGCCCAUCGAGGACCGAUAUCUAAGAUGGCAUGUUGCAUUGCCAGAGGUGGGACCGGGAUAUGUGGGAGAGCAGGCGCCUACUUCUAUCGGGACUACAUCCAGCACAUCUUCGUCUUCCACUAGUAAAAUAUCGUCGUCCAGCACAACGUGGCCGUUGCUUCUACAACGGACGUCGUCAUGGGGCAGUCGACACUCGUGCGCAAUAUGCGGAACAAGCUUGACUAUCGUCUACGACGACCAGCCUGGAACUACGUGGCUCGCCGCUGGCAGUUAUGAUGACACUAAAUUUCCUGUGGACGAGGAUGGCUCGGCGGAAACGUUUCUAGCUCAGCAAGUCAGACGUGAGAUCCACAUCUGCUGUCUCAGUAAGCCACCUUGGUACGACCUUCCGAACGACGGAAGGACCAGACUCAAGCACGCUGGUUAGCUAAGAUUUUCGCGCUAGAAUUGAUCUUCGCAUGAGCACAGCUUGUAAUUGACUUCUAGACAUAUCCAUCGUCUACCGACACGUUUUACGUAGAGAUGAAGAGUCGCAUCGGUAGCCCUCUUGGAAGUUGGAGAGAAAUGAGCAAGUUUUCGAAG